AUGGCCACCAUGGUUAUGAAGCCCACCACCUGCUGCGGCAAGGGCGAAGCCGGAUGCGUCUGCGGUAAGUUCGCUAUGGGCCUCCCCCACAGAAUCUCCAGUCCUUGUUUGAGCACGACUGACAAAGCCCUCUUCACAGCCCAGCAAGCCAAGUGCUCCUGCGGCCAGCAGUCCGCCCUUCACUGCACCUGCAACAAGGCUUCCACCGAGAACACCGUGACCGGCCCUCGCUGCUCCUGCCGAGCCCGCCCCGCCGGUCAGUGCACCUGUGACCGCGCCACGAGCGAGAACACCAAGCCUACUGGCCAGACCUGCACCUGCGGUGCCCGUCCUGCUGAUGCCUGCACCUGCGAGAAGUCUGCCGAUCCCAAGUUCGACCCCUCCAACGAGAUCGACUUCACCACCAAGAAAUAA